AUGAGGAUUCUGGAGGAGGAGGCAGCUCAGGUGGCUGCGAGAAAGAAAAUCGCCGAAGAGGAGGAGAAUUUUCUAAAGCAGAAGUAUGCUUUACUUCUCGCAGAAGCAGAUGGUGCGGAGGAUGGAGUCAGUAGGAGAUCGGGACUGAGCAGUCGAGCUAGUCGUGAGAAGGUACAGUCGUGGCUUAGUGGACAGGAAGUCGGCGCAUCACAACAAGUGACAGUAGCGCAAUCCAGCAACAUUUCGCCAUCGGCCGUAGUUCCAGAAGCAGCUCAGCAGUCGACGAUUCCGGCAUCUAUCUCCGUAACAGCACCAGCCAUGACCACACCCGGGCUCACGACAGCAAAUACUGGAAAUAUUCCGGUGAUAAUUGCCCCUACUCCAACGUCGACUUCCACGCCGAAUUCUACGGAUGAUUUCGGAAGGACCGGACCCACGGAUGGAAGUGUUAUUCCUGAACUGCUGGAUACCGGUAAAUUUGUUUCACGUAAGCAAAUAGCAAUUCGGGAGCCACCGGUAAGUACAUCGUUGACCCAAUACGAUUCCCCGGUGGGAAUAAGCUCCUUCAUUUCAACGCGACCAACGUCUGCUCCACUGAAAAAUAAAAGUGCUCCCCCGUCGAUCAGUUACCCCCACCAGUCGUUUAACGUGCUACCUUUCGAGUCAGUCUCUACAUCGUAUAAUGUUCCAAUCACCAGUAGAGGUACGUUAGGGUGUGGCAAUAAUACAGUUGCGACUUCAGUUGGGGUUGGGACAAUUGUGGUGGGAAAUUCUAUGGCAAACAACCCGUUUGAUUCUGGUAACAGUUAUAUACCAAUGCCACCGUUGGGUCAGAAUCAACCCGGGCCAUCAGCAUCCUCUUUCGCUGGAGUACACCCGCAUCCUUUGCAAUAUCCUGUUUCGUCGAUUCCCAUAGUGAGUGCUGUGCUGACUUCCGCUUGCAGUUCAACGUGGAUGAACAGUAACCCUAUCAGCGUCGGUGCUGGUGGCGAUGGUGUGUAUGGGCCUACAUCGGCAGUUCCAACGCAAGCUGCACCAAUGUUCGUCAACAGCAGGCGAGUUCCGGCCGGUUUCAAUCACCCCGUGCCACCUCCAGCCAGCGUUGCACCAACUCAGGUCGAGAUGCCAAAUUCUGCAGAUUACAGUACCCCUUCGGUAGGCCAACCUCAACAACGAGCAGCAACAGUACGACGGGGACCAUCCAACGAACAACUGGCAGCGAGACAAGUGAUGCCCCGAGAACUCCCAAAUUUCUCUGGCGACCCGCAGGAUUGGCCGUUAUUCUAUAGCUCAUUCUGCAACUCUACGAAGGCCUGCGGGUUUAGUGAUUCGGAGAACUUAGCGCGUUUACAACGUUGCUUGAAAGGUAACGCGCUAGAAGCAGUGAAGAGCCGGUUGUUGAUGCCACAGUCGGUGCCAUUCGUGAUUGACAUAUUGCGAAGGUUAUAUGGGCGGCCAGAAGUAUUGAUCCACUCUCUUCUUCAAAAGUUACGCGCAGUUCCUUCUCCGAAGUCCGAUAAUUUGCAAUCACAGAUCACAUUUGGUCUAGCGGUUCAGAAUGUUGUGGAUCACAUGUCAAUCGCAAAUUUAGCUGAUCAUUUAUGGAAUCCCUCGUUACUCCACGAGUUAGUUGAGAAAUUGCCCCCUCAGCUUAAAAUGCAGUGGUCGUACCAUAAAAGUAGAUGCGCUUAUGUCAACCUGGCGGCAUUUAGCGCAUUCAUGUCCGAGAUAGUAGUGAUGGCCUCGGAUGUUACGCUUCCCAUCGAUAGCCUCGCAACUAGUUCCAAACCGAGUAAAAUUGGAAAGGAGAAACCGAAGCUGUACGUUCAUACAGAGGACCAACAGGAAAGAAAGUCGUCGUCAGUCAACGUAGGCAAACAGCUGAAGGAAUCAGCGAAUAGGACAUGUCUGUAUUGCGACAAACCAAGUCACGAGAUAGCGGAUUGUAUACAGUUUAAGGCACUUGACAUUGACGUGGUCCUGCUGGGAAACACCGAAGUGGCUGAAGCUUCACGAUCCACCGUGGAUCCAAAAACUGUAGUGCACCACAAUCGUCACAGUUCGAUGACCUACUCGCUGUUCCGGUAUAUACCGGUAACCAUCCACGGUAACGGUCAGCAGGUCAAAACCUACGCUUUCUUGGAUGACGGGUCUUCAUCUACGCUUCUUGAAUCCGGCAUCGCGAAGGCGCUGGGUAUUCACGGUCCUACGGACGGUUUCUGUUUAAGUUGGACCGGAAAUAUAUCGAGAGAGGAGAAGGAAUCGCAACGAAUCAGUAUUGUCAUCAGCGGUGAAGGCAAGAAGUUUAAACUCCACAACGUCCGAACAGUACAGGCUCUUCGGCUGCCGAGACAGACUAUGUGCUACGAUGAGUUGCAGCGUUCCUACCAUCACCUAAAAGGUUUGCCAGUUCGCAGUUAUGCGGAUGCUGCCCCUGGCAUCAUCAUCGGAAUCGAACAUGUCCGAUUGCUGACUUCGCUGCGUCUUCGAGAGGGAAAAGACAACGAGCCAGUUGCUACGAAAACACGCCUCGGUUGGUGUAUCUUCGGGAAAAGCUCGGGUAGUAGUACAGUCAUAGAACAGCUGAAUCUCCAUCUGGACGGCGAACUUGGAAAUAGAGAACUACAUCAGUGGAUGAAACAAUUUUUCGCAGUUGAGGAAUCCAGUGUUACAGUAAAACCAGAACCCAAAGAAGACACACGAGCGCGGGAAAUCAUGGAAGCAACAACUCGACGGGUGAACGGUGCUUUCGAAACGGGACUAUUAUGGAGGUUCGAUCACAUCAGUUUCCCGGACAGUUACCCAAUGGCAGUGAGACGGCUGAACGCUUUGGAAAAACGGUUGAGUAAGGAUCCAAUACUUGAAGAGAAGGUGAAAGAGCAGAUUGCAGACUAUGAGGCCAAGGGAUAUGCUCAUCGAAUUACACCUGAGGAGCUGCAGUCUACGGAACCAUCUAGAGUCUGGUAUCUACCACUGGGCGUUGUACAGAAUCCGAAAAACCCGGCCAAGGUGAGACUGAUAUGGGAUGCCAAGGCCAGAGCUGGAGGAGUAUCGUUCAAUGACAUGCUGCUUAAAGGUCCAGACCUUCUAGUGGCACUGAUGUCAGUUCUACUACGCUUCAGACAGAGGAAUAUUGCCAUUGUUGGCGAUAUAAAGGAGAUGUUUCAUCAGAUCCGCAUCCGUGAUGAAGACAGACAGUCACAACGUUUCCUGUUCAGACCACAUCCAGAAUCGCCACCGCAGAUCUAUGUGAUGGACGUUGCUACCUUCGGGGCUACAUGUUCUCCCAGCUUGGCGCAGUUUGUGAAGAAUGAAAAUGCGAAACAGUUUGCCAAAACUUCUCCCAGGGCUGCUAAAUCAGUGACAGACAACCAUUACGUGGACGAUUUUCUGGACAGUGUGGAUACGGAAGAAGAGGCUGUGACACUGAUCAACGAAGUAAAAUACAUCCACUCCCAGGCAGGAUUUGAAAUUCGCAAUUUCUGCUCCAACUCAACUGAAGUUCUUGAGAGAAUUGGCGAACGCGGUGCACCACAGGAAGUUUCAAUGAAUCUGGAUAAGUCUUCAGAGUCCGAACGUGUACUGGGUCUAGUCUGGAAGCCUGCCGAGGACAUUUUCACCUUCGAUUUGAGCAGUAUCAACGAAGAGAUCAGGACGCUGGUUACUAGUUCGACGAUGCCCACCAAACGUCAAGUUCUGCGUACUGUAAUGUCCUUGUUUGAUCCGCUGGGAUUGAUUUCCCACUUUGUCGUACACGGAAAAAAUCUCAUGCAGCAGAUUUGGAGAUCCGGUGCGGAUUGGGAUGAAGCAAUUCCAGAAGAACUACAUGAAAGGUGGAUUAGUUGGUGUCAGUACAUGCAGCGGCUGGAGGAAGUAGCAGUGCCGCGCUGUUUCUUCAAGAGUGUCGAUCCUUCUACAAUCGAAAAUGUGGAAGCUCAUUUGUUCGUGGAUGCGAGUGAAGUCGCUUGUGCAGCAGUCCUCUAUCUUCGUAUUGUCGGUAACGGAGAACCUCGAUGUGCGCUUGUUGCAGCCAAAACGAAGGUUGCUCCCUUAAAACCACUUUCUGUGCCUCGUCUUGAGCUCCAAUCAGCGAUGAUAGGAACAAGGUUGCUAGACUCGGUGCUGACUUCGCUGGACAUCCAGAUCACUAAGCGCUAUCUCUGGUCUGAUUCAUCUACUGUACUGUGUUGGUUACGAUCCGAUAGUCGACGUUAUCAUCAGUUUGUGGCAUUUCGUGUGGGAGAGAUUCUCACGACAACCAGCGUUGAUGAGUGGCAUUACGUGCCUUCUAGACUGAACGCGGCGGAUGCGGCUACUAAGUGGAAGGACGGGCCAAGGUUUGACCCGAAGAAUCCAUGGUAUAAAGCACCAGAGUUCCUAUUCAGACCGCCAGAGCAGUGGCCAGUAGAGCCUUCUCGUAAAGUGGAGACAGACAUCGAGCUACGCGCAACUUUCCUGUUUCACAGCACUAUCCUGCAACCGCUCAUCGACGUCUCAAGAUUCUCUAAUUGGAACCGACUACUGAGAACUACAGCUACCGUUCUGCAGGCAGUACGACGAUUCAAAGGGGAAAAAGCGUCCAAACCAAACCGUUUGACACAGAAGGAUUUGUAUGAUGCCGAAAAUCUCCUGUGGCGACAGGUACAAACUGAAACGUUUCCAGACGAGUAUGCUGUUUUACAACGCAACUUAUCGGAACUCGAUUGCCCAGUAUCAAUUCCAAAGUCCAGCCAUCUGUAUCGACUGUCCCCCUUUAUCGACGAAACCGGUGUCAUCAGAAUGAACAGUAGACUCAGCGCAGCCCCAGCGAUUUCUGCAGAUGCGAAGUACCCGAUUCCACUACAGAAGAAGCAUCAUGUAACGUAUCUUGUUGUUGACGAUUAUCAUCGACGAUUUCUACAUGGAAAUGGAGAGACAGUUUGCAACGAGAUACGUCAGCGGUUUUGGAUACCAGGUUUGCGGAACUUAGUCCGUCAGGUGUCGAGGCAGUGUAUGCUGUGUCGCGUCAAGAAAGCUGUCCCACAACCACCUACUAUGGCACCACUACCAGAGGCACGAGUUACUGGAUGUGUUCGUCCAUUUACGCACACCGGAGUGGACUAUUUCGGGCCGAUUCAGGUCAAACGCGGACGCAGUUUGGAGAAAAGAUGGGUGGCACUGUUCACGUGUCUAGCGAUUCGUGCCGUUCAUGUGGAGUUGGUGCACAGUCUGUCUACCCAAUCGUGCAUAAUGGCAAUAAGGCGUUUCGUAUCUCGGCGCGGUUCUCCAGAUGUUUUCUACAGCGACAACGGAACAAACUUUGUGGGAGCCAGCAACCUUUUGUCGAAGCAGAUCCAGGAUAUCCACGAAGACUGUGCGACGACUUUCACCAAUUCAGCAACCAGAUGGGAUUUCAACCCGCCCUCGGCUCCGCAUAUGGGCGGAUCGUGGGAGCGCAUGGUGCGCUCAGUAAAGACAGCAAUGACAGCGAUAAUAGAACACCCACAUUCUCCAAGCGACGAGGUGCUACAGACAGUCAUCACAGAAGCAGAGUCGGUUGUCAACUCCAGGCCCCUGACCUAUAUUCCACUGGAGUCUUCAGAACAGGAGGCCUUAACGCCGAACCACUUUCUCCUUUACGGAACCAAGGGUGUCAAUCAACCAGCCAGUUCUUUGAAUACCGUCGGAAGCAGUUUACGUGACAGUUGGCGUUUGGCGCAGUUCUUGGCGGAUCAGUUUUGGCGUCGAUGCAUUCGUGAAUACUUGCCAACCAUCGCGAGACGUAUUAAGUGGUUCGAGUCAGUCAAGCCGUUAGAACCAGGGGAUCUUGUACUUGUCAUAGAUGAGGGUAAGCGGAACGGUUGGUUACGAGGUCGGAUUGUGGAUGUGUCUACGGCAGCAGAUGGACAAGUUCGACGUGCAGUUGUGCAAACGAAGAACGGUUUAGUAAGUCGGCCCGCAGUCAAGCUGGCGCCUCUGGACCUUCGGACAUCUGGGCGGUCCGGAACUACACGGGCGGGGGUAUGUUGCGAAACCACUGGGCAUAUUCGCCCGGCAGCUGAGUGA